AUGGUAUCAAGAGCCAGAGAGCCACCCAUGGAGGACUUCGAAGGUUCUGACAGUUCUUCCUCCAACAGCUCCAAAAAUUCCUCUGCUCAUUCACACCAAAUAUCAAACACCUUCUGUGCCAUAAACAUGGCCAAAUACCUGAACCUCACCGACCCUAGCAACCAAUUUCGGCUGGACAACGGCGACAACCCUACCGUCGUUCUGGUCACUGACUUGCUCACCAGCGAGAACUACCCCACUUGGUCUCGUGCGAUGAAACGAGCUCUCCGUGCCAAAAAUAAAAUAUGUUUCAUCACUGGUUCCAUUUCCCCACCAAUAGACCCUGAUGAUCCUCUUCUUGACUUAUGGGAGCGCUGCAACGACAUGGUGGUUUCAUGGCUUCAAAACUCUAUAAGCCUCUCCAUCAGAUCCAGUGUUGCUUUCGUAGACAAUGCCCAUGACCUUUGGCUCGAUCUUCACGACCGUUUUUCCCAUCAAAAUGGACCUCGUAUAUACCAGCUCAAGAAGACACUUGCCAGUCUUCAACAAGACUCCGACACUACUUGUUAUCAGUAUACAUCAAUGUUGGUUGAGAAUGGUGAAUUUGUAAAUCCUGCAGUGCAUAAGCCAACCAUUGGACUUCACAUGUUGUGGCAGCAAGGACUCGAUAUUCUGCUUCAGCAGAGGACCGACUGA